CUGUCUUCAGUCCUUCUGUACUUUAAUUCCUGCUCUGGUGCCAGCGAACUAUUUAAUCAUAGUAAGUAGAUGCUCUCACAUGAUGUAUGUCAGAUGCCCAUACUGUUGGUUCAUAACAGUUUUCGAAAGAAGUUUGUCAUCAUAAAGAAACCUAGUUCUUACCCAUAGCCCUAUAACCCAGCACUAACUCUUUACGUGUUAUUUUAUUUGUAUCAAUAUUUUUCAUGCUUUCGAUUAAUUGUUUGCUGGUUAAGUUUGCUUCUGGUGGCACAGAGCAGGUCAGACUGUGCUGCUGUCAGCUGUCAUAACCAACACCAAAGACAGCACAACACAAGUCGGUGCAACCACGCCUAAUGUAUGUUUUAUCUCGGUUAUCGCCACAAGAACAUAUGUCCGCCAUCGCGUAGAGAGACAUCUCAGGUUACAAGGUUCAAAAGUUCAAAAGUUCGAAGUUCGCAUCACGCAACUGCAGAUGGUACAGUCCGUGAUAUUUUUAUAGACACGCACAUAAUGCACAUAAUUUUUUUUCAGAGGCAUUGCAAGGCAGGGCGGUGUGUCUGACCCAAGUGGUUUUAUGUUAGUUGUUAUCGCUGUGGUGCAGUAUUGUUGAUCACCCCCUUGAACCUCUCUCUUUCUUUUUUUUUUUUUUUUUGGUCUCUUUAAACACACAUCUUCACCUCGCUCCCUCAGAUUGUGUAAACAACUGCACUUAUCAGCACAUACACAGAGUGCAUACACAGCCACAGCAUUACAGUAACAUAAAUAAUUCGGGAUGAAAGGUUUCCAUCAGUAGUCUAACUCUAUAGAAGGAUCCCAGCCACUGGGUUCAGGCGAUCGGCAAAUGACCCCUGACCUUCACAACGGCUAUGUCAGUAAAUCUGGGAAAGUUUAGGUGUAACUACCCACGGCUAUUUCAUUCGUUCUACAACGUGUGCUGCAAAACUACUGAACAGUUUUAGAAAAAAAUACUACAUCUCGUUCGGCACCUCGGCUGUUGGUUUUUGUGCUCCAGCUGUCUGCUCUCAGAACAAACAUGACAUAAAUGGAACUCCCCCUGCUUUUGUGCACUGGCCUACAGGGUAUAUGAGUGCCUUCUUUCAUCCUACCCUCCCCCCUUUCCGUCCCUUUUUAGUUUUUUGUCCUCCCUGAAGAUCGUGUCUGUGAUGGUUUGACAUGGAAGGAAAAAUUGAUGAAUAAGUUCAUGCAUUGGCAGGAAACUAGGGCUAGCUGUCUUCUGUUGGAGUGGUUGUGGCAGGACUGUCAACGAUUACACUGAACACAGAGACUGUUUGCUUACCGUCACCCUGUAAUUUUCACAACGAGACUCGAGGAUCUGUGUGAACAUGCAGGUGGGUAAGUGUUUCUCCACAGUUUGUUAUUAUCUUUCAAGCAAUUACCGACAUCGUUAGAGAUGGACUAACGGCACUAGCUUGGCUGUUUUGUCCGGAAUGCUUAAAUUUUGUUUAUGAUUUGUUUAAUGUUUGUCACUGUGGGACAUUUUCACUAGGUCAGCCAAGAAAUCAUGCUCUCUGUCUCUCUACCCAAGAUCCUGCAGGACUGCUUUAUUGGAGUAUUCCAGUUCUCACUUGCACGAUCAACCACUCCCUGUCGACUGAUGCUGUAUCCUCGUGUCGUCUCACUGUCACCUGACCACCCGAAUCACUUCGUCCGCUCUGUCUGAAGUCGUGGGUCUGAAGGGACGGAGCGAAGCCAUGGAUCGGACCACCAAGCCUGGCCAUUGCCCGAGCAAGCAAGAGAAUAGGACCGAGGAGAGCGGCUCGAACUGUGCUCGUGCUGGCAUCAAAAAGCACGCGCGAUGUGGUGGACGUCGUCGUCAAGCAACGUCCUCAAGAACGUGCAGCGUGUGCGGGGACACAGCGUUUGCGCACAACUUCGGCGUCCUCACGUGCGAGACGUGCAAGGCCUUCUUCCGGCGAAACGCCAUGAAAGAGGAUUCUCUUCAAUGCGUGUUUGACGGCAACUGCUCCAUAGACGUCAGGUCCCGGCGCCUGUGUUCAGCCUGUCGCCUGAAGAAGUGUCUGGACAUGGGCAUGAAACGGCAACUGAUCCUGGAUGAAGACAGGAAGAAAGCAAGGCGUUUGAGAAGGAUGGGAAUGAACAGUCAGAAGGAGCAAAUGUCCGCUUCAGGACAGCUGCUGCCUGCCACGCCUGAGGAAGCCUGUCCCAUCAUACCAGAUCAUCACCAUGUCACGCCAUCAUGCCACGCCAUCAUACCAGGUCACUUUUCCGAUCAAAUGCAAUCAUCCACUUCCACUUUCAUCGAAGAGUUCUUCAAGCAAGCAUUGCAGGACACGCAGCAAGGUGAAGACGACAUAAGUCUUCUUCGAGUGUCCUUGACCCUGGAAAAUCCCUCCAUUUCGUCCUUCCUGUCAUCCUCUGCUGUCGAUGCCCAUGUAUCUUCCACCCCUGACCUCCAGCCCGAGGAACUGCAACAGCAGGUGCAUGAAGUGACAGCAACGACAUCACCAGUGGCAUCGUCGUCGUAUCCCGCUGGAGUGUUCCGGGGCUGGACGCACGAGUUUCGCCACGUGCCCCGGGAGCAGUUGCCAUCAGACAUGAAGCAGUACUGGAUGCUGACGCGCGAGGAACGCUCACUGCUGACGCACCUAGCCACCGCGUAUCAGGACGCCACGAUGAACCGCGCGCCCCACGACGGCGCCGGCCGCUACGACAACGAUGACGGCGACUACAUAUCAUUAGAAGUCUGCAUGCAGUUGCUGGAAAGACUGCUGCACCGAGGAGUGCAGUUCGCAAAGGCCGUUCCCGAGUUCCAGAAGCUUCCGCGUGAGGUGCAGAUUGGAUCGCUGAAGAGCUCCGCUCACUGUGCAACCAUCAUCGAUCUCUCUGCCACCUACAUCAUCGAACGGCGGAUCUGGGCCACGGAGCUUGGCGAGUUCCUUAUUGACCGUCUGCCGUCCGUUCUCUUGGAUGAUGUCGCGAAGGAGGAGCUGGAAACCUUCAGCAGGACGCUCAAGGCGGUGGCUAAAAAUGACGUCACCAUCUACGCGCUGUUGCACGUGCUGGUGCUGCUGGAUCCUCGCAACGGUCCAGUGGAGGGCAAGCAGCUGCUCAACGCUUGCCGCGACAGGUAUUGGAUCCUCCUGAAGCACUACCUUGAGGCUGAGUUCUCUUACCAGCAUGCAGAAGACUACCUGAUGGCCUUCAUGGAGGGCCUGUACAGUCUCAGAAAGAUUGCCUACACCGGAUUCGCCUUCGUUGAGCGGUUUUCAUCCUCGCUGAAACCAUUGGCUGCAGAGAUGCUGCAAGACUCAACGAUCGAGUGACUCGGCAGAGAGUCUUGAACGUACAAUUCCAGUGGACUGCUGUCUGGUCACGUGAUACAGCUAAGCUCCAGCACUGGCGCGAGAAACCAAGCUCAUCCGUUUUACUUUGCGCAUGCGUGAUGACCAAUGUGCCAACGUUAAUCAAUCGUAGCUUCAAAUAACUUUCAACUUAAAACUGUUUUGUAUAUAUUGCUGUUGAAAACAACAUGUUUAUUCAAAUUUAAGCGUCGAUGACUAUAUUAGGCGGAUGCCCACGAUACAACGGGACUUGAAGCUGCUGAGACUUCUAAACUGGGGCUGAGAGAGAGGGAGAGAACAAGAGUUAGACAGGUGUCCACCCAGACAGACGUCAGGUGUGUUAUGUUAAUGGCAAGGGUUCGGUCCAUCGUAGGCCGUUCCUUCGUUUGUUCACUCGAUCGUUUGUUUGUUCGUUUGUUGAAGACUUGAUGAAUGAUAGAGGAUAACGAUUGAUGAGACAUGGCUUUCAUUCCCCCCUCCCCACUCUGGAUAUGCUUGUAAAAGGCAAGUAUCUUCGCAAAUAGACAUAAAGACCAGAGACCUGACAGUUUUGUUUGCAUAAUUAUUGUGUGAAUAGCUGUGGCAUGAUGAAAGGAGAGGGCGGCAUACGAUCUGUGUCACUGUGUCAUGAGCUAAUGAGUAUGGGUGUCAUUCGACCUGCGGCAUGAUGAAAUGAGAAUGUGGUGACAAAAGAGAAAGAAGAGCUAAGUGAAGUGUAUACUCAAUGACUUCAUGAAUUCCGGAUCGCUCUGUAAUAAAUGACAACUGCUUUUUGUGAGCAUUACAUGUUUACACGUGGAUUUCUGUUGUUAAAGACUAACUUUGUAAAGGCAUAAUCAAAAUAUAUUUUAAUGUGUACAUAAGGAAACGAUCCAAGUGUAUGUGCAUAAUAUAUUAAAACGACUUUGUCAUAUGAUCACGAUGUGUGUAGAUUGUUGUAAUGUUUGGACCAGAUAAAUCGAGACUGGCAUGCUGCAUGGACAUGAUGAACUGGGACUAGAUGGUGUAAAUAUUGUGAGCGGACUCUAGCGUCCUGUCUGGACAUGAGAUGAACUUACUAUGAGGGUGGAACAUGCUUGCCUUGAAUAAAUCUUGAAACAGAA